GUGUUUGUUGAGUGCAAAUCGUAAAACCACGAGUCUACUUUGCAAUAUCUUGAAGUUUUUUUUCACGAAAACAUCCAACGGAAUAAACAGGCUUCUCGGAAAGCACACCAUUCUACGAGAGCCGACACGUAUAAACGUAGAUUAUCGGCUUAAACUUCUUUUGGAUUUGAAAGGAUUGCUUGUGAUUGGUGGAAUACCGGUCUAUGCUGAACUAUAA